AUUUUCUCUCUCUCACUCUCACUUCGUUGUUUUCCAAGCUCAUCUCUCUCUCUCCCUCUCUCUCUCAUAUCAAAACCCUAGACUUUCCGAUCUACAUCAAUGAUCGACAUUGAAGCUGAGUCAACUCGCGAUUCGGAUCCCAACUUGGUUCAAUUGAAGUUUAAUUGAGUUUGCUCUAGGGUUUUAGGAGUGCAAAUUGGGGUUUUUUUGUUGUUUUUAAAGGAAGAAUGUAUAAGAACCAGCUACAAGAGCUGGCGCAACGGAGCUGUUUUAAUCUGCCGGCGUACACGUGUAUUCGAGAAGGUCCUGAUCACGCGCCGCGGUUCAAAGCGACGGUUAAUUUCAACGGGGAGACGUAUGAGUGCCCUAAUUAUUGUACUACGUUGAGACAGGCGGAGCAUUCGGCCGCUGAAGUUGCGUUGAAUGCGCUUGCGAAUCGCGGGCCGUCGAACUCGCUUGCGGCCAGGAUUCUGGAUGAAACUGGGGUCUACAAAAAUCUUUUGCAAGAAGUUUCACAGAGAGUAGGAGCAUCAUUGCCGACAUACAAAACCUCGAGGUCUGGUCUAGGACAUUUGCCUAUAUUUACAUGCACGGUAGAGCUGGCUGGUGUAACAUUUACUGGUGAACCAGCUAAGAACAAGAAGCAGGCUGAAAAAAAUGCAGCCAUGGCAGCCUGGUCAGCUCUAAAACAAUUAGCCCAGCAGUCGGAGAAUUCAUCACAAAAGGUCAACAUUGAUGAGCAAGAGCAUGUCACUGUUGCACGAGCACUUCAGAAAUAUCGUAUUAGGGCGAAGAUGUCUAAUACACCCUUCCCAAUUAGAUAUCCCAUGCCAAAACCAAGACCAGCAAGUACACAGCAAUCUCCAGCUACGACAUCAAAAAUCCUUCCUUUAAUAUGUGCAAAGCCCACUCCUUGGAACAGAACUAUUGGAACAACAACAAACAACGCUUCGACAUGUCCCAAGACAAGCUCUCAGAGUAGAUAUAUCAACCCGUCCAGAAAUGACCUACUGGGGGGAUCAUCUUUACCUGUUAAACCCCCAGCUACUUCUGUAAAUGAGUGGCCAACAGAUAGCUCUAGGUUCCUGCCUCAGAAAUUUCCUGCAGCUGGAGCAGCUCCCUACAUACCCUUAAGGCAUUUUAGGCCUCACCAUGGAAUGGCACCACCAGUAACUAUAAGACAUGCAAUCCCAGCAUACUCUGCACCACCAUUCCCUCCUAUUCAACCAGUUAAUGCGAUGAGAACUCCACACAUGGGUAUGGCACCUCCUGUGUCUAUUAGACAGGUUGUGCCAGCUUUUGCUGCUCCAGUUCGUACAGAGGAUUCACCAGCUUUUAGGGCUCCGCUCACCCAAGUAACAGCUUGUGCAGAGGAUUUAGCAGCUUUUAAGGCCCCAGUAUCCACACCAUCAGCUCGAGUGGAGGAUUCUUUGCCAGCUUCCAAAGUAACUAUGCCUCCGAUCACUCCACCAGGUCAGGAGGAGACUGCACCAGCUUUCAAGUCUCAUGCUGCUCCAGCACAUAUCCAUUUGGAGAAUCCAUCAACUGCAAAGGUUCCUUGCCAUCCGGUUUCCGUCGGGGCUGAGAAUGAGUCAAAUUUGGAGUUUUCUAUCAAGACAUCAACAUUUCAUGCUGAGACUCAGCAAACGUCUGAACUUUCCGUCCGCCCACCCCUUGUCUCACAUAUGACAGCAGAGACAGAUAAAGAAGUUGAGAGCAAGUUGCCAGAGUCUCUGAUGGUUGAGGAGUUAAAUGAGCUGAAGGUCUAAUGCCGGAGUUGGGGAAGAAGGAUGAGCUAGAUGGCUUGGUAUAAUAUAGUAGGCUUGAGCUGUCUUCAAUUCAGGAGCAUGUUGUAGCACCUUUAGAUCAUGGAAAGUGCUCAUCCACUUGUGCACGGCAUAUUUAAUUGGCAGAAAGAGAACGAAGAGUGGAAUCUUGAAACAAUAUAUGAAAAGAUCUAGGGAGGGGAUCAACGAUAAAAAUUACUUUAAUGCUAUGAUUUGUUUGUUGCGGCGUCGGCACCGGCAGUGAAAUGACCCAGUAGACUUUGCUGAAGUUACAGUUCCGCUAAGUAAUGAGUUUUGGUCCAAAGUCUAGUUUCGGUUGUAAAAUUAUAUAUUACUUUUAUGCAUCUGCUUGUACAUUUGGUUGAUUCUAGUGGCAAUUUAUUGUCGCUUUUAAGCUUGUCUUGGUGAUGCUUAUCCAAUAUCCAGUCAUUUUUAAAA